GGGGUUACAGGGCGGCAGCAUGGGGUUACAGGGCGGCAGCAUGGGGUCACAGGGCGGCAGCAUGGGGUCACAGGGCGGCAGCAUGGGGUCACAGGGCGGCAGCAUGGGGUCACAGGGCGGCAGCAUGGGGUCACAGGGCGGCAGCAUGGGGUCACAGGGCGGUAGCAUGGGGUCACUGGGAUAUAGCAUGGGACCACGAGGGGGUAGCAAGGGCACGAAGCCACAGAAGGGCGGCAAGGACAGGAAGUCACAGAAGGGCGGCAAGGACAGGAAGCCACAGAAGGGCGGCAAGGACAGGAAGCCACAGAAGGGCGGCAAGGACAGGAAGUCACAGAAGGGCGCAGGGCUCCGGAAGGGCGGCAAGGGCAAGGGCACGGAGUUGCAGGGGGUCGGCCAGGGCCUGGAGGGCGGCCAGGCCAAAUGGUGCAGAGAGACCGAAUGGGGCGGGAAGCUCAUAUUGUGCAGUACCACCAAUUGGGGUGAGGAGUCUACAUUGGUCGGGAAGCCUAAGGAGGGAAAGAAGCCUAAGGAGGGAAAGAAGCCCAAGGAGGGAAAGAAGCCCAAGUUGGGAAAGAAGCCCCAGUUGGGAAAGAAACCCCAGUUGGGAAAGAAACCCCAGUUGGGAAAGAAACCCCAGUUGGGAAAGAAACCCCAGUCGGGAAAGAAGCCCCAGUCGGGAAAGAAGCCCAAGGAGGGAAAGAAGCCCAAGGAGGGAAAGAAACCCCAGUUGGGAAAGAAGUCCCAGUUGGGAAAGAAGCCCCAGUCGGGAAAGAAGCCCAAGGAGGGAAAGAAGCCCAAGGAGGGAAAGAAGCCCCAGUUGGGAAAGAAGCCCCAGUUGGGAAAGAAGCCCCAGUUGGGAAAGAAGCCUAAGGAGGGAAAGAAGCCAAAGGAGGGAAAGAAGCCCAAGGAGGGAAAGAAGCCCAAGGAGGGAAAGAAACCCCAGUUGGGAAAGAAGCCCAAGUUGGGAAAGAAGCCCAAGGAGGGAAAGAAGCCCAAGGAGGGAAAGAAACCCCAGUUGGGAAAGAAGCCCCAGUUGGGAAAGAAGCCCCAGUUGGGAAAGAAGCCCCAGUUGGGAAAGAAGCCCCAGUUGGGAAAGAAGCCCAAGGAGGGAAAGAAGCCCAAGGAGGGAAAGAAGCCCAAGGAGGGAAAGAAACCCCAGUUGGGAAAGAAACCCCAGUUGGGAAAGAAGCCCCAGUUGGGAAAGAAGCCCAAGUUGGGAAAGAAGCCCAAGGCGGGAAAGAAGCCCCAGAUGGGAAAGAAACCCCAGUUGGGAAAGAAACCCCAGUUGGGAAAGAAGCCCAAGGAGGGAAAGAAGCCCAAGGAGGGAAAGAAGCCCAAGGAGGGAAAGAAACCCCAUUUGGGAAAGAAGCCCCAGUUGGGAAAGAAGCCCCAGUUGGGAAAGAAGCCCAAGGAGGGAAAGAAACCCCAGUUGGGAAAGAAGCCCCAGUUGGGAAAGAAGCCCCAGUUGGGAAAGAAGCCCAAGGAGGGAAAGAAGCCCAAGGAGGGAAAGAAACCUCAGACGGGAAAGAAACCUCAGACGGGAAAGAAGCCCCAGUCGGGAAAGAAGCCCCAGUCGGGAAAGAAGCCCCAGUCGGGAAAGAAGCCCCAGUCGGGAAAGAAGCCCCAGUCGGGAAAGAAGCUCCAGCCGGGAAAGAAGCUCCAGUCGGGAAAGAAGCCCCAGUCGGGAAAGAAGCCCCAGUCGGGAAAGAAGCCCCAGUCGGGAAAGAAGCCCCAGUCGGGAAAGAAACACCAGUUGGGAAAGAAACCCCAGUUGGGAAAGAAGGGUAAGAAGGGAGAAGGAAAGCCGAAGGAAAAAGGAAAGCUGAAGGGGGAGGAGAAGAAGAAGGAGCACAAGAAGGGCCACGGCCUGGACCCCGUGUGCGUGGUGUACAUCCCCACGGGGAAGAAGGACCAGCCCCCGGCCACCGCCCUGGUGGUGGAGACAGACCUGCCCGGCCUCCUGAAGCCAGGCUCCACCUUCACCAAGGGCACCAAAGACAAGGGGAAAUCUCUCUACGUGGUGUGCAGUAAGGACAAGUUCUGGAUGGACUGGGUCUUUGAACCCGGGUUCUGAGCUCCCCCCUUUGGAACCUGAGCUCCAUUGGGGACUCAGAGUCUUGGACUAUAUAGGAUCUACCACUCCACGAUGACUCUCUGGCGGGAUCAAUUUGUCUUCUUCACUUAAUUUUACUUUUUUUUU